AUGAGCACCCCACUGUUCGUGGCCGAGGAAGUGCUGUGCACCUACCCCAUCAGCACGGUGUACGACUCGUGCCCACGCUACCUGUUCUAUGCUCUCCUGCUCGCCACCUGCGUGACCCGGUGGACGGGGUGGCUCUCCGACGUCUUCCUGGGAGCCGCGGCGACCUACGCGGGAACAGCCGCUCUGGAGGCCUUCAUCCUGGUCUCCAGCCCACCGCAAAAUGCUCCUUCAAACCCAGUGACCCUGCCCUACAUCUCACCCAACAACACGGCCCUCCUAGCCAGCCUGACCCCGUCCUUCCCCUCCCUAAUCACCAACACCACAACCCUGCUCAUCACCCCCGCCACCAUCGACCUCGACGCCGACGCCGUCCUGGCCAUCGUGGUAACGGCCUACCUGAUCUUCCUGCCCCUGCAAACCUGGUCGCGGGCCUUCACACACUCCCGCGCGCGCUUCAUCCUCUUCUCGCUCUGGCACGUCCUCAUGCUGGCAGGCACGAUCAGCGCCCUGAUCUACUGGCCGCGCGUGCGCAACACGCCGACGCAGUACGCCUUCUGCGCGCCGGACUACUUCCCGCCGGAGGCGACGGUGUCCAGCGACGGGUGGCAGGCGUGGCAGCGGCCGACGCCGUCGUGGAAUAGCAGCGUGUGGGCGAUCUUCAGCAACACGACGCUCUUCAACUCGCUGGCGACGGUGUGCUACUACCCGUGCUUCAACACGACGCAGCCGCUGCGCCAGCAGUCCGCGCUCGAGGCCGCCGUCGCCGACACCGCGGCCGACCACACCGCGCGCUCCGCCUUCUGGUCGCGCAUCCUCUACUCCGAGCGCUACAUCUACAGCCUCAUCGCGCUGACCCUCGUCGUCAACGCCCUCCUCCUCCUGUUCCGGUGUCUGCCGUACCGCUCGCGCAUCCCCUCCUCGCGCGUGCGCACCAUCUGGCGCGAGCGCGCCGCCAUCGCCCGCGGGUUUCGCGCGGACUGGUUCGCCGGGGUCGCCACCGGGAACCGAGGAAGCGACAGCAGCAUCCUCGAGAAAACGCGCGCCACCCUCGCGACCGCCACGACAGCGCCCCGGGCCAUCACCUGCCUCCUGCACCUGCACACCCUCGGCUCCCUCGUGCGGCUGCUGCUCGACCUGUGCAUCCUGUUCGCCGUCGUGUUCAGUAUCGUCAUCAGCCCCCUGACCGUGCUCGCCUUCGUCGCCUGGAUCGAGUACUACAUCCACGAGGACGGGCCGGCCCAGGAGACGCCCAAGCAGGUCGGGCAGUGGGCGCCGUUAGCGUCGAUUGGGUUCCUGGUGGUAUCGGCCGGGAUCCUCAAGUUGAAGGUGUGGGUGGCGCCGCGGCGGGAGAUUGAGUGGGAGAUCGAGCAGGUUUGGGGACGGCUGAAGCGGUUGGAGGGGAUGAUUGUUUAG